AUGUACCACUGGUCUGAAGUAUCUGAGUUGUGUGAUCAGGGUGUGGAGGAUGUGUUUGUAUUCUAUACCAGAGGAGAGCUGGUGCUCUAAAUGGUGCCAUGUCUUUUAGAUGUUUAUUCUCAGCGUGGGCUCAGAGUGCAUCACCUCCCUUUCUCAGAUGGGGGCGCUCCAGAGCUUUCUCAGUGCUGCUGCAUACUAGAGGAAUUGCAGCACUGUCUGCACAAUCAACGCAAGACUGUCAUUCAUUGUUAUGGAGGCCUUAGAUGGUCCGGAUUAAUUGCUGCAUGUUUGCUGCUGCAGCUCUCUGUCUCAAUGACACCCAGUAAAGCUCUUGAAAUCCUGAGGGAGCUGAGAGAGGGUGGAGCCAUUCAGACCGCCAAGCAUUACAACUUCCUUCAUGAGUUUCGGGAAAAGGUUGAAGCCUUUCAAGAAACCAAAGAGUGUUUUUCAGAGAGAUUAUUGUCCAUAUGAUGCACAAUACAUCCAGAUGAUGUGAAAGCAGGAUAAAUUACUGUAUGUUGAUUGGUGGCUUUGCUCUGCUGGUGUUUUUGUACUUUGAUCAUGAAUGCAUUUGUUCUUUUCUAAUGGCACUUUAAAAAUUCUGUAUUUGUAUAAGUUGAUCUAAUAAUAUUAAGCUUAAUAUAUAGCUUUAACUUUGCAGUUAAAGAACUGGCUCCUUUUUAAAUCAUAAUGAUAACAGAAAUCACCCAAAUGGCCCUGAUCAGAAGUUUACAUACCCUUGAAUGUUUGGCCUUGUUACAGACACACAAGGUGACAUACACAGGUUUAAAUGGCAAUUAAAGGUUAAUUUCCCACACCUGUGGCUUUUUAAAUUGCAAUUAGUGUCUGUGUAUAAAUAGUCAAUGAGUUUGUUAGCUCUCACGUGGAUGCGUGGUAAUGGAAAUAUAUAAAGAUGGAAAAGGAUAUAAAAAGAUAUCCAAAGCCUUGAAAAUGCCAGUCAGUACUGUUCAAUCACUUAUUAAAAAGUGGAAAAUUCAGGGAUCUCUUGAUACCAAGCCAAGGUCAGGUAGACCAAGAAAGAUUUCAGCCACAACUGCCAGAAGAAUUGCUCGGGAUACAAAGAAAAACUCACAGGUAACCUCAGGAGAAAUACAGGCUGCUCUGGAAAAAGAGCAGAGGAGCACAAUACGACGAUACUUGAACAAAAAUUAGCUGCAUGCCCGAGUUACCAGAAAGAAGCCUUUACUGCGCCAAUGCCACAAAAAAGCCCGGUUACAAUAUGCCUGACAUCACCUUGACACGCCUCACAGCUUCUGGCACACUGUAAUUUUGAGUGACAAGACCAAAAUAGAGCUUUAUGGUCAAAACCAUAAGCACUAUGUUUGGAGAGGGGUCAACAAGGCCUAUAGUGAAAAGAAUACCAUCCCCACUGUGAAGCAUGGUGGUGGCUCACUGAUGUUUUGGGGGUGUGUGAGCUCUAAAGGCACGGGGAAUCUUGUGAAAAUUGAUGGCAAGAUGAAUGCAGAAUGUUAUCAGAAAAUACUGGCAGACAAUUUGCAUUCUUCUGCACAAAAGCUGCACAUGGGACGCUCUUAGACUUUCCAGCACAACAAUGACCCUAAGCACAAGGCCAAGUUGAGUUCACCCUCCAGUGGUUACAGCAGAAAAAGGUGAAGGUUCUGGAGUGGCCAUCACAAUCUCUUGACCUUAAUAUCAUCAAGCCACUCUGGGGAGAUCUCAAACGUGUGGUUCAUGCAAUACGACCAAAGACUUUGCAUGACCUGGAGGCAUUUUGCCAAGACGAAUGGGCAGCUAUACCACCUGCAAGAAUUUGGGGCCUCAUAGACAACUAUUACAAAAGACUGCAUGUUGUCAUUGAUGCUAAAAGGGGCAAUACACAGUAUUAAGAACUAAGGGUAUGCAGACUUUUGAACAGGGGUCAUUUCAUUUUCUUUGUUGCCAUGUUUUGUUUUAUGAUUGUGCCAUUCUGUUAUAACCUACAGUUGAAUAUGAAUCCCAUAAGAAAUAAAAGAAAUGUGUUUUGCCUGCUCACUCAUGUUUUCUUUAAAAAUGGUACAUAUAUUACCAAUUCUUCAAGGGUAUGCAAACUUUUGAGCACAACUUUAUAUAUAUAUAUAUCUAUAUAUAUAUAUAUAUAUAUUCAAUUUUUAAUUAUUUUAUUUUUUAUUAUUAUCUGUCUUGUUGCUGUUUUGUAUUGUUGUACACUGGAA